GGACCACCAGGCCCGAUGGGACCACCAGGCGAGAAAGGCCCCGACGGACGACCAGGCAUGCCAGGCCGCAAAGGACCCCGAGGACCACCAGGACCAAACGGCAAAGACGGCGCGGCCGGUCACGACGGGCCGAACGGUGAGAAGGGCGAGGAUGGCCCGGCUGGACCGAAAGGCAGCUGUGACCACUGCCCACCACCCAGAACCGCACCAGGCUACUAA